UCUUUGAGCAGUACCAAAAGGCUCGACUAGCAUUUAUUCAGUCUUUGUCCGAUUUAGCAAGUCGUCCUAAUAAUAUUGAUCGUUUGCUCAAAUAUGAUGUUAUUUCAUGUCUUGGACCCUUACUUAAUGAUCCCGUACCGACUAUUCAACAAGUAGCGGCAAUCGUCAUAGGAAAGAUUGCAGGAUUUUCAAAAAAGUUUGCUGAAUCAGUUGUAGACUCUAACAUAAUUCCUAUGAUGUUGAAAUCAUCUGGGAUGGAGCAUAGAUUUUACAAAAGGUCAGCCUUAUUAGCUCUCCAAUCAAUUGUCAAACAUUCGCCAGAUUUGGCACUCGCUGUUGUUCGAUACGAUGCGCUUAGUGCAAUUAACGCCUGUUUGGAGGAUUUUGACCAAUGUGUAAAGGAAAAUGCUGCGUCCUGUGUUGACUGUAUUGCCAAACACAACGAAGAUCUAGCACAGGUCGUUGUUGAUUCUGGCACUCUUCCACUAAUUAUUCUUGGUUUGCAAGAGCCAGGUGUCAAUUUAAGAUGUAUAUCAGCUGCUGUGUUGGGAGACAUAUCUAAACAUUCACUAACCCUAGCCCAGAGUGUAGUCGACAUUUCUGCGAUUUGGCAUCUCGUGAAGCAAACAACGGACUCCUGCCUCAAGUUACGAAAACAGACCUUUGUUUCCUUGACUCAAAUAGCUAAGCACACACCAGAUUUCGCAGAAUUGAUUUUGGAAGCUAGUAUAUUUCCCCAAGUUUUGAUUAGUAUGAAGGACAAGGAUGUGAGCCUCCGCAGUGACGCGGCCAACCUAAUAAAGGAGCUUUGCAAGCAUACGUUUGAAGCAUGCCAAGCCGUAGAAAAUUCGGGCCUAAUUCCACUGUUGGUGAUCUUUGUGGAAGAAGGAAAAGGACAUCACAUCAUACCUGGAAUAAUGGCUCUUGGCUAUAUUGCAGCACAUUCGGAUCUUCAAGCGACCACCGUUAUAAAAACUCAAGUACUGAUACAAUUUAAGAAUAUACUUCUUGAAGAAAGUGAUGAAGUGAAAACAGCGGCUGCAUGGACCAUUGGCCAAAUCGGUCGUCAUAGCGCAGGCCACGCAAAUGCUGUUUCCGAGGCCGGAUUAAUUCCAACCAUAUUGGCAUGUUACCUUAAUUCACAGAGCUCUCCAGACUUAAAAGAAAAAUGCAAGCGGUGUCUCAAACAGGUCCUGGAAAAGUGUACUGACAUGGAGACAUUACAAUCAAUAUUGCCCAGCUCGCCACCCAACAUACUGAAGUAUGUCGUGGUACAGUUCAGCAAGCUUCUUCCACGAAACGCUACAGCCAGACGUGCAUUUGUCGUAAGUGGAUGCUUAAGAAAAAUUCAAGAAAUUGAUGCGGAGCCCGGAUCCGCCCUAUACACACAUAUAACUACCAUAAAUAACUGCUUUCCCGAAGAUGUUGUCAAAUUCUAUUCUCCUGGAUAUCCUGAAGUUUUACUAGAACGUGUAGAAGCUUACAAACAAGAAGCCAAUUGA